AUGGUUUAUACUGGGUUCGGAAUUCAGCAGAUAUCGCAACCUAACGAUGACCGGCCUUUUAGUGAGUUGACACCCGAGGAACAAGGUGAGAGAGGGGCUCAAAUGAUGGUGAACUUUAUGACUUCGUGCCCUGGGAAGUUCGCAAUCAGCGGUGUGACGGGUUUUGCAUUGGGUGGUGUGUUCGGUUUAUUCAUGGCUUCUAUGUCGUAUGACACUCCGUUGCAUACUCCUACGCCGGGAGGACUCAGCUCGGCCCAGCAGAUGGCAGAUCUACCAUUGAAACAGCAAGUGAAGUUGCAAUUUGCCGACAUGGGGAAGAGGGCUUAUUCAAGUGCCAAAAAUUUUGGCUACAUUGGUAUGAUUUAUUCCGGCGUUGAAUGUGUUGUGGAAUCGGUGAGAGCGAAGAAUGACAUAUACAAUGGGUUGACAGCUGGCUGCAUAACAGGCGGUGGAUUGGCAUACAAGAGUGGGCCUCAAGCUGCUCUGGUAGGCUGUGCAGGAUUCGCGGCCUUUUCCGCUGCAAUCGAUCUGUACAUGAGAAGCGAGGACGGAAGGCCGCCCAAGAAUGACUUCGAUGAGUAA